CGAGCAGCGAGCGAGCCGUUCGCGACGUCAGACAGAGACAGCCACCCGCCUACAAACGCAUCGAUGCAGAGAGCAGCUAGAGGGUCUGCUCCGAAUUUGGUCACCGUGUGGUGCAGCUACGAAAAGAAAUGACGAACGCAACGCAGGGCCAGGCCAGGCCAGGGCAGAGCAGAGCAGGGUGUCGGGGAUGGGAUGGUGAGAUCGAGCAGCGAGCAGCGAGCAGCAGUUAGCCGCUAGUGGGCGACGAUGUGCACUUGGUGGAUUGUCGCACCUCCUCUUCUCCCCUCUGUAUUCGUUUCCUCUUCUCUUCGCUCCUCUCAUUCGUUCCUUCCUUCAUCCAUUCAUUCAUUCAUCCGACCACCUUCUCUAGCCUCGCCUCGCCUCGUCGCGCCGCGAUGGACCACCUUCGUCGCGCCUCCCCUCUCCCAGGCUCCUCGGCCUUCUUCCCCUCCUCGUCAACCUCUGCAAGCACAGGCUCGUCCACAUGCUGCAAUAGCGACGCCGGCGGUCUUGAGGAGCAGCGUUCUUACGACAUCUCGUCAUCGCCAGGCAGCAGCAGCUAUGGCGUUGCGUCACCGCCAGCCACGGACGAGGAGCAGGGAGCAGAAAAGGGACAAUGUUACCACGAGUGGGCAGCAUCUCGCCGGCACAAGCGCAAGAUUUCGGACAUGCCACGAUUGCUCUCUCAGCGGCUGCAGCAGCAUCUUCCAGCAGGCGCGGGCAGGGUGACGCCAUCCAGGAUGAGACUGGUGCUCAAGGUCCUCGCGGUCCUGACCGGCUUGCUGGUCCUCUCUGCCAUGCUGCCCGCCACAUCACCGCUCAGCGUGUGGUAUCGCGGCGACUCGCUCAGACUCGCCGGGGAGACUGCGCGCUACGACUGGCGUAAUGAACGGAUGGCUUCUGGCAAGGGGUGGGGGUGGGGGCUCGCAGAGGGGAUGAGGGAUACGACGCCGCCGUCUGCCGCCAAUCCACACUCCAACACACACGCUAGCUUGGGCUACGAGGAGGCUGCGACUCGUCCGCCCUUGGAUAUCCCGUGUCAGCUCGACGCGUCAGCCUUUGCCUCGCGGUACCGCCUCACCCCCAAAUUCAAGUACUCCCGCAGAUACGUCACCGCAGCGCCUCGGCCGCCCGCGCCGGACAAGCCUAGCGGCUUCGAUCCUCACCCGCGCGAGCUCUCUGCGCCCAUCGUCGAGGGCUGGGAAACGAUGGCCUGGCACGGCGUACCAAUCGACGAAGCCUGCAGGGGCAAGGAAGGCGACAAGAUGGGCGCCUGCAUCGCCAAGGAGCAGCGCAUGCGAGUCAGUCGUGGCGCCCUCGAUACCACGUCCGCGUCGACGUCGGCGUCGUCUCCGCAAGGCCUCACGCGCCUGUCCUCCUGCUCGUCCUCCCUCGAACCGCUCCGCAUCCCUACCUACCCAAUCCCGCGCACCCAAACCCAGCCGGAGCACGUCAUCCUCGGCCUCGCGUCCGACGCCGAUCGAUUGCUGGAGAUGAUGCCCAUCCUCGCGUACAGUUUCGCCCACUCGAACCUGCACCUCGUCCUCAACCUCCCCAAGAACUCGCGCAUCCCCGAGCUCCGCAAGACGUUGCGCGCGCGUUCCAUCCGGGCCACCAUCAUCCUCUCCCCAGAAGAGGACUACCUGCGUCGAUGGGUGGAGCUCCCCUCCCUCCUCUUGGACUUUGCCGACCCAGGCCUCACGCGAUGGGCGAUGGUGGCCGACGACGAUACGGUGUUCCUCAGCAUGCCCAAGCUCUUCAAGGCGCUGGAUCGGUACGACCAUACGGAGAGCCACUACAUUGGCGCACUGACGGACGACUGGAGGCAGGCCGGCUCGGGCAUGAUCGCCUACGGUGGGGCGGGCGUUGUCCUCUCGAUGCCCUUGCUUCACGAGUUGAGCCCGCAUUGGUCCUCUUGCCGCCAGCUGGAGAAGGCCGGCGACUAUCGUCUCGCUGCGUGCAUCUAUGCUCAUACGCAUACGCGAUUGACCAUCGAGUGGGGGUUGCACCAGACGGACCUGUACGACGAUAUUCGCGGGAUGCUCGAGAGUGGGCGUGAUAUCAUUACGUGGCAUCACUGGAAGAGCUGGAAUACCGGGCUGGACCCUAUCCUCCUUUCGCGAGCUGGAGCAGCGUGCGGUAGCGAGUGCCUGCUACAGCGUUUCCUCUCAAACGCCGCGAGCUCAGGUCCCAAUAACGCUACCACGCCGGCGUCCACGCAAAGCGAGGUCGCGGGCGGUGAUAUCUCAUCAUCCUCGAAGCGCGCCUCGCUCGCCUACCACUUCGUGCACGGCCUCUCCCUCACUCUGCACCCCACGCCACUCCCGGACUUUGCCCGCACCGAGAUGACGUGGAAGAUCUGGGCCAACUCCGACUUCUCGCAAUCCGUCGGUCCCACACGACCGCGCAUUCGCGAGGGGAGACCGCCUCUCAGCCGCUUCCACGACAGCGACGGUACAGGUACAGGGACGGGUCCGCGCGCUUGGAAGGAGACGUGGCUACUCGAGGAUGUGAGGGAGGGUGAGGAGCUGGGCAAAGGGGAUAGCUGGGAUGACGAUGGGCGUGGGAUUCGGGAAAUUUACAUCAAGAGGGCCGGGAGAGCGCGGGGCUAUGUGACUGCAGGAGUGUAUGAUGGGGAGGGCGCGAGUGACGAGGAGGACGAAGGCCUCGAUGUGGUCAGCGCCGAAGCUCGUCGUCACCGAGAGCUAAAGGGCAGUCUGCGUGGCUUGGUGGACCGCUUGUUGGGCAACUCGAUGAGCGAAGAGGAGAGAGGGCGCAUCGUCGAGGAGGAAAUCGCUGAUGAGGAGCAGGAUAGCGUUGUUGAGUUGGUUUGGGUUUAGCGGCGCGAUAGCGAUACGGACACUUUUUCUCGAUAUUCUCUUUCUCUC